UUUUUAUUCUAUAGAUUUUGUUAUCUUAGCAUUAUGAUUAAAUUGUUCUUCUAGAGAGAGGAGCUUUUUAAAGCUGCUGACAAGAAUGGGGAUGGUGUUGUAAGCAUGGAUGAGUUGGCUGCACUUCUUGCUCUUCAACAGGAAAAAGAGCCACUUAUAAAUUGUUGCCCUGUCUGUGGUGAGACUCUCGAAGUUUCAGAUAAGCUGAACUCUAUGAUUCAUUUAACCCUCUGUUUUGAUGAGGGAACUGGUAAUCAGGUCAUGACAGGAGGGUUUUUGACUGAUAAACAGGCAUCAUAUGGGUGGAUUUUCAAACUAAGUGAAUGGGCUCAUUUUUCAUCAUAUGAUGUUGGUCUGAACACUGGGUCGAGUGCUUCACAUAUUCUUGUAUUUGAUCGGAAAACAAGGAGACUGGUGGAAGAAUUAAUUGAUGGAAAGAUUGUUUUGUCAAUGAGAGCCAUCUACCAGUCAAAAGUGGGGCUGCAGCUUAUGGACAAAGGGGCAAAAGAAAUAUUGCAGAAUGUCUCUGAAAGGCAGGGAAGAAAAAUGAAUUCAGUUGAAUCGGCCAAAGAUAUACCAAAGUUUGUUGAGUUUUUCAAGGACCAAAUCAAUGUGGCUGAAGUCAAGUAUCCUUUGGAAUAUUUUAAGGUAAGUUGAAUCUCUGAAAAGGAUUUAGGUUCCUAUUUAAUUUCUUAGCUGGAUUCUCUAUAAGUUUGUUUCUAGGCAAUUGGGCUUUUAAC